ACAGGCUUGCAGUUCGUGUGGCUAACUUCUGUCAAACGCAUGGGACUAAUUGCAUCGUUUAGGUAUAGUCUUCCAUUGUACUUGGUGAUAUGUGAAGCUGGCCUCGUGUAUAAGUUGUCCCAUCGCUUUGAAACCGACUUCCGCGGAAACCACCCUCCCCUUCUUGAAUUGCGAUGUCAAUGAUACCUGAAUCGGAGGAGAGUUUUGCUUUGGACACCUAUUUUAUGGAGAACUGCUGCACAAUCGUCGCAGCCAGCAUUUACUUGUACGAUCGUGCUCUCACGUUCUCCCGCGAAGUAGACACCGUGUGGCGCAGACCGAAAUGGGGAUUCUGCACCUUGUAUACGGCCAUGCAUGUUUCUGCAAUCGUGUACUUUUCGGCGAACAUCGCAACCUCGGCUGGCCUAGAUUGUAAAAGGGACCGUUUCAUAUACUCAAUAUACGGGGCUUCUUGGUGCGUACUUUGUGCGCUACUCGGAGUGAUCACAGCACAGCGCGUCUAUGGCAUAAGCCAGAGGCGUUGGCCGCUUCCAGCACUCGUAUUGACCCUGUUCCUUCUCGGGCCCAUCUACGCGAUUGUCUACGUGAUCUACACCGUGUACCAAGCCGUACCACUCCCCAUAUACUGCUUGACAGAUAUGGAGAUGGUCGUGCGUGCAUGCAGCAUCAUUGGGGAUACUAUUGUUCUGCUCGUGACAUGGCGGGCCAUGUAUGCAGGCUACAAAGAGGCUCGACGCAGUAAGACGCCCGUCUUCAAGUUCACCCAGCUGUUUCUUCAAAAUGGUCAUGUUCUUCUCGGAUUCAACAUUGUCGUGCUAUCAGCCUGGGCUGUCAAUGUAUUCAUCUUAUUGUCCAGAUUCGUGAUCGCUAUUCGCGAAGUAGCCUACCACAACGGCUCUGCAUCUACUCCUUCGGAGAUGUCGGACGUCUACUUCUUCGAUCCAGAUCGAUCUGGGACACCCGAUGGGGAAGAUGAGGUUUCCGACCUGCUUGGUUACGGUGUCGAAAAGUGGGACGAGAAAGGAUAUCGUACGCCAGUACAAGCGCCCCUUGUCCGAUCCGGUACCAACACACGACCGCAGGCCAGUGGAUCCGAUGGACGGCGAAAGUAGCGCGUGGUUCUCCGUGUCCUGACGCUUGCGUGGCGACUGACACUGACAGUGUUCUUGAUAGUCUUGAGG